CCCUAGGACCAGCGAGGAGGAGCAGCAACAGCAGCCGCCGCGGCCGUCGCCGUCGUCUCCCCCGUGUGAAUGAACUGAGGCGAGGCCGCUUUCGCCGGCUUGGCUCGGCCCAGCCCGGUCUGGCCCAGACACCUCUACCCCGCUUGAGAGCGCGGAGUUGCAGCCCUCUCCCCUUCUGGCCGCCCGGGCAGCGGGAUCUGAAAGGACAAGAAAUCAUGGGAGCUUUUUUAGAUAAGCCAAAGAUGGAGAAGCACAAUGCCCAAGGGCAGGGCAAUGGACUACGUUAUGGGCUAAGUAGCAUGCAAGGUUGGCGAGUUGAGAUGGAGGAUGCACAUACAGCUGUAAUUGGCUUACCAAAUGGACUUGAUGGAUGGUCUUUUUUUGCUGUGUAUGAUGGACAUGCUGGAUCGCAAGUUGCCAAAUAUUGCUGCGAGCAUUUAUUAGAUCACAUCACAAGCAAUCACGAUUUUAAAGGGCGUGGUGCUUCACCAUCUGUGGAAAGUGUAAAGACUGGAAUCAGAACAGGUUUUCUGCAAAUUGAUGAACAAAUGAGGCUACUCUCAGAGAAGAAACAUGGUGCGGACAGAAGCGGGUCAACAGCUGUGGGAGUCCUGAUUUCUCCCCAGCACACUUAUUUUAUCAACUGUGGAGACUCUAGAGGUUUACUUUGUAGAAACAGGAAGGUUUAUUUCUUUACACAAGAUCACAAACCAAAUAAUCCAUUGGAGAAGGAACGUAUACAGAAUGCUGGUGGUUCAGUAAUGAUUCAGCGUGUGAAUGGAUCUCUUGCUGUGUCUAGAGCACUUGGGGACUUUGAUUAUAAAUGUGUCCAUGGGAAAGGCCCUACAGAGCAGCUUGUCUCCCCCGAGCCUGAAGUUUAUGAAAUUGAGAGAUCAGAAGAAGAUGAUCAGUUCAUCAUACUGGCUUGUGAUGGUAUCUGGGAUGUUAUGGGAAACGAAGAGCUGUGUGAAUUUGUCAGAUCAAGGCUUGAAGUCACUGAUGACCUUGAAAGAGUUUGCAAUGAGAUAGUCGACACCUGCUUGUACAAGGGAAGCCGAGACAACAUGAGUGUGAUACUGAUCUGUUUUCCAAAUGCACCAAAGGUAUUACCAGAGGCAGUGAAGAAAGAGGCAGAACUGGACAAGUUCCUGGAAAGCAGAGUAGAAGAGAUCAUAAAGAAGCAGGGUGAAGGAGUGCCAGACUUAGUCCACGUCAUGCGUACAUUACAAACGGAGAGCAUCCCAAACCUUCCACCAGGGGGUGAAUUGGCAAGCAAGCGGAGUGUGAUUGAAGCAGUUUAUAACAGACUGAAUCCUUAUAGAAAUGAUGAUGCUGACUCUGCAUCAACCGAUGAUAUGUGGUAAAUGCCAUCUAAGCUGUGGAGUUUACAUCCAUCCUCCUUAUGGAAAAUACACCCAUGCCACAGUGACCCUUCGUAACAUCCAUCUUGAACCUUACUUGAAGGGAAAAGAUGAGUUGGCGAAAGUGACUACACCAGAAAACAGCAAUCCCAACACCUAGCCCAGGAACUGAUCUUUUUUUCCCUUUUCUUUUCUUUUCUUUUCUUUUUGUAAAACAGACUUCUGUAAAAGUGAUAUUGAAACCAUAAUGUUGUAAAUUGGACUCUAAGCAAUUUUAUGUUGUAUGAUUUUGUUUUGUAAAGUGCAAUUGUGGUUGUACAAAAUGCUUAUUUAAUAAUGAACUGCUUUACAUCACAUUAGGCUAAAUGAAAGGCUAGGUUUGUUGUUCAAGGCAACCAUCACCUAGCCCCUUCUACUCAUUUUUGUGCUUCUGGAUUGCUGGGAGCAGCAACUUAGCCAGCUAAAUGCUCAGGAGGUGCAUAGAAAUUCUUUAAAGGGUAUUUUAUAUAAAGGUAGAUCAUUGCAACUCUGGUAUGGAAAAUAACUGAAAUACAGUUUAUUCUCCAUCAAACUUUUAAUUGUUCCUUGUUUUCGAAUUCCUGUGGGGCCUAAAAAAACCCCAUUGAAAUAUGUGAGACGUUCAGCGAAAGAAGGGGACAGCUUCGCCAACUGUGCAAGAUGACCAUAAAUAUAGAUCAUGGGGGUUAAAAUGCUUUGAUUAUUAGCACCUUUUUAAGAGCAAAUCUUUGCCUUCAAUUAAUUAUCAGUUAUGUAAGAGGCCAUAUCUUUCUAUAUUUAGUAGGAGCCUGCACCAUUUUUUAUUAUCCUGAUAGGCUGGGUUGGCUGCUGUUCCGAGUAAAAUACUUUGAAUUCCAUUUAUCAAUAAAGCUUGAUUUAACAAAUAAGAAAUCUAACAAUAUUAUGUGUACUUCCUUCCCCCCUCUCCAUAUUCUGAAAUGCUUGUAAAUGAGAUGUCAUGUGGAUAAAUAUUUUUUAUUAACUAGUUGCCCAUUUAUAAAAUGGGAAGAACCCUUGCCUGUUGCCCAAGGCACGGGUGUACUUUUUCUCCCCCAGUUAGUGAGUGUAAUAUGCUUUGAGAAAUGAAAUAAUCUUUUUACAUGGGUUUCUUUCAAGAAUUUUUGCUUUGAGGGAAAUCGCAUAAGCUUAUACUUGCCACUUAACUCAUUUGUCAGAGCCUGACAAUCUUACCUUUUAUGGUAUGUUUUUUAUGACCCCGUUGACUUAGAACAAAAAAAACCUAGUGAUUUAACAGUAUGUGUGAUUUGAAAUACAGCAUGUUCAGAAUAUUUAAUUGUUGAGAUUAAAUUCUAAUUUUUUUAAAAAAAUUAUAAAAGUAAUACAACUAAUUUGACUUGACUUUUCUCCUACUGAACAUACAAAAAUAACUUUUCAGAUCACUUAUGUAUUUGCAGAACUACUGUUUUGUGCACCUUGUAUUUUGUCUUUUUUUAGUUGAGGAUAUUGUAUGAUCAAUAUGUACCUUUCUUUAAUCUUUCAGUCAGCAGAUGCCCCUCCAAAGGAAAAUCAACAAAUAUAUAAAUAGGUUGUAGCAAUGUAGCUAGAAGUUUUUUUAAAAAGGUGUAAAAUAUACCUUUUUAUAGGAAGCGUUUUUUCUAUAUCUGUCUUUUCCCCUAACUUUGAAAUAUACAUUUGUGUGUAUAUAUAGCCUUAAAACUAUUGAAGAGUUAGGGAGUGUUGAACAGUGAAAGUAACUUAAUAAUAAUGUCUCAAUUGAGUAUAGCAUUAUACCAGCAAACAGUUUAUUUUCUUCCUCUUGUUUAUGUCAGGUGCUUAACCUUAACAUCAUUGUAUUCAGUUUGUACCCUGUUGAAGCAUGAAUGAAAAAGCACUAUUUGUAUUUAUAAAUUUAUAGCAACUUCUGCUUUAAAGAACCAAUCCCUCACCCUACCUACAAAUAAAUGCUUAAAAUGUACAA